CUUACAACCGCCCCUCCUGUUUUGUUCUACAAAUCGAACGCAUACUCGACCCCACUUCACACCUUUCCUCUACAUCUUUUGCAAGACAGAGACUACAAGAAGCAGAAAAGACCACAAGAUGACAGACCUCGCCCAAAUCAUCCACCAGAUCCAAACCCAACAGAUCCAGCGCAUCGUCGUCCUCGUCGGCGCGGGCAUCUCCACCGCAGCAGGGAUCCCGGACUUCCGGACCGCCGGGUCGGGCCUCUACGACCAGCUGCAACCUCUCCGCCGCCUCCUGCCCUACCCGGAGGCGAUCUUCAGCCUCAGCUACUUCACGCACACGCCGGAGCCCUUCUACGCGAUCGCGCGGGCCCGCGGCUGCCACCCGCGCACCGUGCGCCCGACCCGCACGCAUGCCUUCCUACUGCUCCUCGCCCGGAAGGGCUUGCUCCACUUCCUGUUCACGCAGAACGUCGACGGCCUGGAGGCGGCGGUGGGAAUCCCCGCGGAGAAAUUGCUGAACGUGCACGGGAGCUGGCGCGCGGGCCAGCGGUGCUGGAAGUGUCGGACGGCGUAUCCGGAUGGAAAAAUGCGGGAGGCGGUGCGGACGGGCGCAGUGCCGUAUUGUCCAGUGGCUGGGUGUGAGGGGGGCGUGGUGAAGCCCGACGUGGUGUUCUUUGGGGAGGAGAUCCCCCCGGCGUAUGCGGAGCGGGAGGCGGUGGUGCGGGAGGCGGAUUUGUUGUUGGUGCUGGGGACGAGUUUGAAGGUCGCGCCGUGUUCGCAGCUGCCGAGAUUGGUGCGGGAGGGCGUGCCCCGGGUGUUGGUGAAUCGGGAGCGCGCGGGGGACUUGGGGGGCAGGCCCGGGGAUGUGUGUGUUCUGGGGGAGUGUGAUGAUGGCGUGGGCGGUUUGGCGGAUGCGUUGGGGUGGAGGGAGGAGCUGGAGGAGGUGUGGAGGGAUGCGGUCAGGAGGGUGGAGGUGCUGUUCGAGCAGGACCAGGAGGAUUGGGGGGAGGAGGUGAGCUUGGAGGUGCUGGUUGAGCGGUAUGCGAAGUCAGUGGUCGAUGCGAGGUUGGUGUUGGGAGGUCAUCGACGCAUGUUGGAGAGUCAUCUGGGGGAGAAGUUGGCGAGUAUUCAGGGCAGGAGUUGAGCUUGACUGGACUGGACAGUCAGUGUAGAGUCAUGAUAUGCUAGCACCAUGGCGGUCGUUGCUAGUUAGUCGCCUUUAGGCAGUGAGUCUAGCCUUUAGGUGAGCAGGAGAGCAUUCCGCGACGCUAUACUAUGUUUUUGAUAUAAGCGUUGAGUCACGAUGUGAGUCCAGGUGGCUGGUGUUGUUGACCAUACUUAUAGGUUGGUCAGUG